AUGGCCAAAGGUGACUGACAUUGUUACUCGAUAUGUCAGGUAAUAAUAGUGUAAUUAUAUCAAGAUUUGAAUACAAAAAAUGUACGUAAGGCAAACAAGGACUGUCACGUCUGAUAAGGUACAUUUAAAUUCUUAUAGUUACUGGAAAUAUCAUAUCCUAAUUAUUGAAUAACAUUUUGACUAAUUCUCGUCAAUGAAAAAGAAAAAUUUCAUCGGAAUUUAAAAAUUUUAAGACUAAUUAUCCAUAAAUAUAUUACUUUAUAGCUACUUGUGAGACUCAUUCAACCGAUGCCAAUUACGCAACAGAAAGUAACAAUGAAAAUAUUGGUAGGUUUAGUCAUGUAAUUGUAUUGUAAACUAGAAAAUACAUGCAUGCAGAAACCCUCGCCUUGCUAACAAAACCGUUGUAUUUUCCGAACAUGAAGUAUCUAAAGUAGUUGUUAUGGUAACACGAUAAUUUUUUAAGAAUAUUCUUACAAAUGAAAAUCGCCUAAAAAUAUCACUUUUAAUUACAAAAUUAUCAAUUUCUCAACAUAUAUAUAUGUUAGGUAUGUAAUUAUACGUAAUACAAGCUUCAAUUUAAGGUAAAAUUCAACCACAAACAAUUCACAAAACGCUUUAAAGUGUUCUUUAUAAAACUAAACUGCCUUUAACUAUUAAAUGGCUUUAUCGAUAAACUUUGAGUUUGCAAUAAAAUGAUUUCAAAUUCUCGCUUGCAAAUAACUUUGCUUUAUUUUUUAUUUAAAAAUUCAAUAUAAUAAAAAAGGGAAUCAAUAUUAAAGAUACACUGAAAUUAUAUGCUCUCUUGUAUGUCUUGUUUAGUUGUUUGAUAUACGCAAAAGCCGUCGGGUUUUAAAGCCAUUAUAAAAUCAAUAUUUAAAACAAACUUACCUUCGUUAACGUCAGCUCCGUUCUUUUAGCUGAUCCUUUGGCCCUUUCAUUCUUGAAAUUUACAAAAUCUUGCAGAAAUACGAGCAAAAAUGAAGAAUAUUUGCAAGAAAUUUGACAAAUUUAUCAAUCAUCAACUCAUCAAAUCAAGAAAUGUUUGCUAUUUCGCUGUCGUCAUGCAGCCGUUAUAAUGCAAACUUUAAAUUGGACCAAUCAGUGUCCGUUAUUCAUGACAGUCCGCCAUAUUUUUGAGAUCAGUGAGGAUGACCACCCAUCGUUGGUGACCGACGCCCGCGCUCAUUGAUGAACUUUAGACUUCCCUAAUGCUUUCGUUUCCCCGGGUGUAUAUAGCCGGGGGGAAUUAGUACCCUCGCACGGCGCUUCGCGCCGCCGGCUCGGGGAUUAUUUGAGUUUACAAACAGAAUUAAAAAAUUUAAAACCAUAAUUAUUCAUCAAUAUUUUAUUUUAUUUUAUUUUAUAGUUACUUGUGAGACUGAUUCAACCGAUACCGAUUACGCGACGGAAAGUAACAGUGAAAAUAUUGGUAAGUUUGGUCAUGUAAUUGUAUUUUAAAUUAUUUGAGUUUACAAAUAGUUUUAGCAUAAUGUAAUAUUAUAAUCAUUCAUCAAUAUUUUAUAUUAUAGCCGCUUGUGAGACUGAUUCCACUGAUACUGAUUACGUAACAGAAGGAAACUAUGAAAAUAUUGGCAAGUUUGAUUAUGUAAAAUUUUCUAAGUUACACUUUUUGUAAUUAGUGAUGUUAGUUUCGUAUAUCCUGUAGGUAAAUGUUGUGUUCUGCAUGUAGGAGAAGGUUCCGAAAUAGGAAAAAUUAAUUAUUUUACAUCAAACACUCUGGAAAAGUGCAAGACUAUCCUAGCAGCAAGGAAAGAAGGAAACUUAAAGUACAAGGACACCCAGCUUCCUGAGGGUGUAACCAAAACUCAUGGAUUUCAUAUAGAGUGUUAUCGAAGAUUCAUUGCCCUGUCGGAAACUAAAAGGAAAAGUCUCCAAAACAAUACGAAAGACGCUAGUUCUACUCCCUUGACACGUUCAAGAAUUCCAACAGCAAUACCAACAGGUUCAAGUGGAGUGUUUUCAAAGAUAUGUAUUUUUUGCUUGAAAAAAGUUAAGAAGCAUAAGAAUUCAAUGCAGAAACUAAUUGCAGCCUCCACAGAAAACUUUCAAGAGAACAUAAAGAUGUAUGCUCGUUGGUUAAACGAUCGACCCAUGCUAUUGAGGAUUGGUAAUGAGAAUUUUGUUAGUAAAGAAAUCUAUUAUCAUGGUAUAUGUCGGGUUAGUUAUCAGAGUAGAGCGGAAAAGACCCCUUUUGCAAUACAAGAGAAGAAGGCACAUGAAUUGGAGAAGCCUAAACCUGAAACAUCUUGGCAUGUUUCAAGAGAACUACACUGCAAAGCAUUUGGGGCGAUCUGCUGCCUUAUUAAUGAGAAUGUUCUUGAAGAAAAAGAGGUUGUUUUACUUAGUGACCUAAACAGCCAAUACAAGAUGUUGCUGGCAGAAAUAGGUGGUGAAGAUUAUGAAGAUGUUGAAUCGAAUUCCACCAAGCUAGAAAAAAAGUUAGUACAGCAUUAUAAGGAACGAAUAAAAAUUAUUAAAGGAAAGACAAGGCGUGGUAACCUGGUAUUCAGCAGUGAAAUCUCGGAUGAAGAAGCAUUUAGAAGAGAAAAUUCAAUGAAAACAAAGAUAAAGGCCAAGAUUCGGGACGUAGCGUUUGAACUAAGACAAUCGAUUAUCGAUGCUGAGAAAUUAGCAAUACCAGACGAAGUGAAGCUUGCUCAUAUAAUAAGAGGAGAAGUUGAAAUUCCUGAUAUAUUGUUGGAGUUUUUCACUUACCUCAUAGGUGGUCCUGAUCAAAGAAUAACAAAAUCGCAACGGAAGCAGAGAAGGAUUAAAUCAAUAUGUGAUGAUGUCAUCUUUUCAGCAACCUCAGGAAGAAAGACUCCUGCAAAGCAUUUACAGCUGGGGUUAUCAGUGAAAAGUCUAACUGGAAGCAAAAAAGUUAUUGAGAUUUUAAAUCACUUUGGUCACUCAAUCGGUUAUUCUACAAUCGAGGAGCUAGAAACGGAAUUGACGUUUCAAUCGACCAAGGAAGAAAACCUAACACCCAGCGGAAUGGUAUUAAGUCAAAAUCUUGGAACGGGGGUCGCAUUUGACAACUUUGACCGAUUUGUCGAAACUUUGAGUGGAAAAGACACAUUGCACGACACGGUUGGUAUAGCUUAUCAAAUUGUAUCAGAAGAACCGACAGUUGAAGAAAGUAGUGAACCCGAAUUUGUUCGCGUGGCUGCAUCUAGGAAAAAAAGACGAAGAGCUUUUCAAGCAACUGGGUUAGAUAUAGAACCAUACAGGAAAAAACCUAGAAUGUUAACAGUUCCAGUGCUUCCCCUUGAUGAUCCGAGAAGGACGUUUGAACCUGAAUCAUAUCUCAAUGCAAGAGCGUACGAUUCUUUAUGGAUGAUGGAUUUCUGUUUUUCACCAAAUGAUACGCCAAUGUGGGUCGGGUGGAAUGCAAAAGUUUUUCCCAAUAAGAAAGAAUUACAAAAAGUUUGGUACCUACCACAAAUCAAUCAGUCACCAACUUCUACUGCUGUAGUUGCAGAAACAAUGCGACGUGCCCAAGGAAUUGCCAAUGAAAGCAAAAAGGAAAGCAUUUCAGUGACCUAUGAUCUGGCCAUCGCUAAAGUUGCAAUGCAAAUUCAAGCCGAGGAAUCACCAAAGUUCGAUAAUGUAUUCGUAGCCUUAGGGGCUUUUCACAUAGAGAUGGCACUGUUUGGCGCUUUUGGCAAGUACGUCGCUGAAUCUGGUGGUCCUCAUAUUCUCAAUGAAGCUGGUGUGAUCGAAAAAGGCUCAAUAAAGUCAUUUCUAUCAGGCAAGAGUUAUAAGCGGAGUAGGAGAUGUCAUCAACUGCUUGCACUUGCAAUGGAAAUUCUUCAUUUUACAUUCUUUCUGGAAACAAAGGACGAAAAUGAAAUCAAGGAAGAUAUUAAAGAGGAAAUUAGAGGUAUGAAAUCCGAAACUUCUUUGAACGACCGUCAAUUUUCCAAUGAAGUCAGUGAAGUCAUUCGAGAAUAUAGCGAUUUUUCACAAGCUACUGAAAACGGAAGUCAUGGUCCAACGGCGCAGUUUUGGAUGAGAUAUGUUGAAAUGAUUCGACUGUAUCACACCUUUUGUAGAAGCUUAAGAGAGGGUAACUUUGAGCUGUAUAUUUACUGUUUACCGAAAUUGGCUAGCUAUUUUUUCUGUUUAAAUCACCCAAAUUAUGCCCGUUGGCUUGUUCGUUACCAUGACAACCUUCUUAAACUCAAAGAUACACAUCCCGAGAUCUACGAUGAGUUUCAGCGCGGCCUGUUCUCCGUCAGAAGAACCCAGAAACCUUUUUCAGGAAUGCCAAUCGACUUGACUUUGGAGCAAACGAUCAACGCGGAUGCAGCAUGUCAACGAAAAGGUAUAUCAGCCUUAACGAAUUCAAUUUCAGCACGUCAACGGUGGGCAGAGAGUCAUUUCAUUCGGACAAGCAUCAUCUCACACUUGUUUGAAGACCUUGGCAUGACCAAAAAGGAAGAUAUUUCACAAGAUCUUAAGACAAGCAGAAUGCGGCAAAAUUCGGAAGAUUUGUGCCAAGUUAUAAGUCUGAUCAGGGAAACAAUGAAUCCUUUCACUGACGACGCCAACAAAGAACAUCUCUUCAAUAUAGCUUCAGGCAAAGCUGCAUCGUCAGACACGAAGUCGUUUUUACUCAACAUUGUCAGCGUUGGAAACGAAGCACGUGAUAAAUUUAUAAACGAAUGCGCUAAUGAUCCAUCACGUUUCGAGGACCGCAUACCACGUCAAAAGCUAUUUACCUUUGCAACCGAAGGAAAGAAGUUCAAAGUGAAGAGUGCUGACAACAAAUUGACUGCUGCUACAAUGAUGAGGGACUUGUUUGGCAGUAUUUUAUAUCAUUCUUUGCAAAAGAAUAUUGACGUGGCAGAAGUUUUGAAAUAUCCUUUAACACCAGUGCCCUUAUCCCUCGGUCAUGUAGAUGGCACAAUGCAGAAGACACCAAAGGUCAAAUUAUUAAAUCAAUUAGAUUCAAGGGUGAAAACCAUCGAUCCACAGCACGUGGAUAUAACUAUAAUUGAUGGAAUGUUUUUCCUGCACCUUUUGGUUGAUCUGCCAGCGACAUUUGGAGCAGUUGCCACAUUUAUAUUAAAGCGCAUAUGUGCCUGCAAGGGAAACGCUAUCCAUUUCGUUGCUGACAAAAUUGUCAACCCGUCUAUUAAAGACUGUGAAAGAGAUUUGAGGUGCACCGACCGCCAUGGCGCAUAUCAGAUUACUGGUCCUGAACAGAAAAGACCGUCAAAUUGGUUGAAUUCUUUAAGAAAUGAUAAUUUUAAAUCCGCUUUGGUUAAAUUCUUAUCAUGCUUUUGGGCAAGUGAAGUACACUCGACAAUCCUUGGAAACAAAACUGUGACAAUGAAUUGCGGUGAUUAUUGUUACACUUUUAAAGUUGAAGAUGGAGUGGUGGUCAAGAGAGAGCUUCAUGCAAUGUUUUCAACUCAUGAAGAAGCAGAUUCUAGAAUGCUGUUUGCCUGUUUCACAUAUCGUCAGUGCAACCACCCGCCAAUGUUGUGAUAAGGACGAUUGAUACAGACGUGCUUGUAAUUGCCCUUGGUUGUUUCAGCUCGCUACCUCAAGAAUUGAAUAUUUGGAUUGAAACUGGUGUUUACACGAAGAAUACAUUGAGAUAUAUCAGUGUGAAUCAGAUUUUUCAGGAACUUGGAGAAACCCUUUGUCUGGCCUUACCGGCAUACCAUGCGUUUACUGGAUCCGAUUACACAGCCUCAUUUAGUCGGAAAGGCAAAGUCCGUCCAUUAAAACUUCUUGAAGGAAGUGAAAGUGCGCUUGAGGCUUUUGUGUCACUAGGGACAAAUGCUGAAAUAACAAAAGAAACCAUUGUAUCCUUAGAAACGUUCGUUUGCAGCAUGUAUGGAAAAAAGAAAUUAUCCUCUGUUGAUGAAAUAAGGUUAGAAUUGUUUUUGCAAAAGUACAAACCGAAAGGAAAAGACGAAGCACUAGCAUGUGUCAAAAAGUUUGACGGGAGUUCUUUGCCACCUUGUUCUCGGGUACUGUAUGAAAAGAUUCGCCGGACAAAGUAUAUUGCCGAACUAUGGCUGUCAUCAACAUCACCCGCUCCACCCGAUCAAUUACCUGAGGAAAUGGGUUGGCAGAUUGUAGAUGGUCAUUACACUGUGAACUGGUUUGAUGGGGAAGUGUCACCUAAGCCGAUAGAUAUAACAAGUAAUGAGGAUGAAUUUGAAGAAGACCUCACAGAAGAAGGUAAGCCUAUGUUGAUUUUUUUAAUUGUACCUUGCUAAUAAAGCGUAUCGAUUUUGACUUCUAAAUUCAAUUGGGAAUACCAAACAAACAAAAAAAUAUAUACUUGUGUGUUUUUAAGAACUAAUCUCAGACGAAGAAAGAGACGACACUAAUAGUGAUGACAGUGAUAACACCGAUAGUGAAAAUUGAAAACAAAGAAAACUGCCGCAAAAGCUGGUUAGAGUAAUUACAAAUAUAUAAAAUACGAGUAACAAAACUACAGUUUUAAUAAAACACAAAACAAUAGACACUCCGAAAAUUGUAAACAUUUUAAUUCUUUACGUUUCGACUAUAAUUUAAGUCAUCUUCAGAAGAAUUAAAAUGUUUACAAUUUUCGGAGUGUCUAUUGUUUUGUGUUUUAUUAAAAUACUCUAUGGCAACCGCAAUUUUUAAAACUACAGUUGCUUAUUAAUUAUUAUAUUUUGUAUUUCAUGUAGAUGCAUAAUGAUCUUCAGUUGCAGAAGGUUUAUGAACAGAAAGAAAUAAACUCAUAAAGAAAACAGAUUUACAUAUGUUGUGUUCCUACUUUGUUGUCGAUGUAUAUCAGGGCCUGAUCAGAUGAGUCCGGUUACUGACCAUUUAUUUUCUUUCGCUCUGAUUUAUAAACUAGGCAGAAAACUAAGUAAAAAUUGUCGACGUUAACGGCAAAAUUUGUUACACCGGACCAGCCCGUUUGUUUCUUCACAUGAACGCGAAGUAUGUUUUUAUAGUAAAAUAGGUAGUGACCAGCUCAAGUGAUAAGACCUUUAAAGAUGCGGUACAGUCCGAUCUGCGCAUAUGCA